UUUUCCUCCGUGGCUGCGUGGGCUCUGGCGCCGCAGCGGCUUUCGGAGGGUGUCGCGUGCCCUGCUCCUAUUCACUCGAAGGCGCGCGCCCCGGCCACAGCGAUUAAGCCCCAGAACUUAUCUGGGAAGGAGCUCCGGGCAGGCCCGGACACUAGGCUAGAGCGGUGGGCUUGCCCAGAAAGGCCUGGGAUCCCCUGAGAAGGGAUACGGAGUAACCGGUGAUGAGCCUAAGGGGCGCAGCCGGCAGUCCGGGAGCAAAGGAGGGGGAGGGGAGUGAGCGGCGCGGCAGGAAACGCCCGGGUCUCGGCCAGCCCAGUCCGGCUGGGGGAGCUAUGGAGGGGAAGGGCAGAGCGGCGCCCGGCUGGGGUGCCGGGCUUGCUCACCUGGCGCUGGCGGCGCGCCCUUCGGGGAGCUGCGGGGAGGGGAGCAGAAUCCGAGGGCCUUGGGAUUCCGGGACCGCCCUCUCCGGAUCCAGGGGUGGCUGCGAGCGGCAACGACGGCUAGAACCGCAGUGGCAGUAUGAGAGCGGCCGCCGCUGCUCCACGCUUGCGGACGUUCGGCCAGGGGUGGCCGCUCUGCCUGCGCACGCCAUGGGGGCGCCGUGGGGCCCGGUGGCCUGCCGGCGGCGCGGAGCGCGGGGUCUGCCACGGUCCGCUUCAGCGCUGGCGGCCGCUGGCCUGGUGUGCACAGUCCUGGUCGCCUACGCCUGCUGGGGGCAGCUCCCGCCGCUGCCCUGGACCUCCGACGCCCAGCCGAGGCCAGUGGGCGUGUUGCUGUGGUGGGAGCCCUUCACUGGGCGCGACAGGGCCACAAGGCCGCCCCCCGACUGCUGGAUGCGCUUCAACAUCAGCGGCUGCCGCCUGCUUACCGACCGUACCACCUACGGGGAAGCUCAGGCUGUGCUUUUCCACCACCGAGACCUCGUGAAGGGACCCCUGGACUGGCCCCCACCCUGGGGUGUCCGGGUGCGCUCCGCAGAGGAGCUGGAGCUGCGGGUGUUGGACGAGGAGACCGCCGAAGCCCUGACCGCGUCCGGCCCCAGACCCCCGGGCCAGCGCUGGGUGUGGAUGAACUUUGAGUCUCCCUCCCACUCCCCAGGGCUACGAAGCUUGGCAGGUAACCUCUUCAACUGGACGCUCUCCUACCGGGCUGACUCAGACGUCUUUGUGCCUUAUGGCUACCUCUAUCCCAGGACCCAUCCCAGCGACCAGCCACAAGGCCUGGUCCCCCCACUGGCUCGGAAACGGGGGCUGGUGGCCUGGGUGGUGAGCAACUGGGAUGAGCGCCAGGCCCGGGUCCGCUACUACCACCAGCUGAGGCAGCACGUGUCCGUGGACGUGUUUGGCAAGGGCGGGACCCGGAGGCCGGUGCCUGACAUCGGGCUUUUACACACGGUGGCCCGCUACAAGUUUUACCUGGCCUUCGAGAACUCCCAGCAUCAGGAUUAUAUCACCGAGAAGCUCUGGCGCAACGCGUUGCUAGCUGGGACCGUACCAGUGGUGCUGGGCCCCAACCGUGCCAAUUAUGAGCGCUUUGUGCCCCGAGGUGCCUUCAUCCACGUAGACGACUUCCCUAAUGCCUCCUCCCUGGCUGCCUACCUGCUCUUCCUCGACCGAAAUCCAGCUGUCUACCGUCGUUACUUCAGUUGGCGCCGGAGCUAUGCCGUGCACAUCACCUCCUUCUGGGACGAGCCUUGGUGCCGGGCCUGCCAGGCUGUGCAGAGGGCCAGGGACCAGCCCCAGAGCAUACGCAACUUGGCUCGCUGGUUUGAGCGGUGAAGCAAUAUACCCCUGGGUGUAACCCAGGGAGGUCAAGGCAUCAGCUUUUAGAUCCUCUGCCGUGCAUCGCGUUGAAUGACAAAUCACGGGACUAAGGUUUCACUAGUGGAAAAAAAGGUGAUUUGCCAGUGUAAUUCAGCACAGAGACUGGGCGGGUAAGACCCAGUUCUGUUCUUAAUGUUGUUUGGGCAAGUAGCAGUUGGGCCCCCUCUUCAGGAGUGAAGGGGCCCUUCCUCGCCUUGUAACUAACCAGUGUAGAGAUGAAGAAAUUACUUGACUACAAGAAACCAUUGAGUCAGUUGCUCUGAAUUUCCUCAUCUGCCACAAGUCAUAUCUGUGGCCUGUGCUGAGUACAAUGUCAUACACACUGUCCCUCCUUUCACAUUUCACUGGGCCCUUAUGCGGCAAACCCCUGGUUUUAGAAAGAGCCUUGCUGUGAAUGUGACUGUGGCCUCAAGGGGUUCUUUCUCCUUGUUGGUGGAACUCCUCAAAACCUCAGCUCCUGACAAAGGUGAGGGGGUCAUCCAAGAAUUCGUUGACUGUAAUGUUUGUUCCCCUGUCCCAUGAAUGGAAACACGAUGCUGGAUUGUCCUGGAGAAGAGUUAAGGUGAAUAUAUGUGUACCUCUCUACACAAAGCUGCUUUUCAACCACAUCUUGACUGAACUGCCCUAGGGGUAGUUCAGUAUUUAAUAAAACUUUAUGGAGAAUCCCUGUACAAUGUGAAUAAUCAUACCCUAACUAAUUUCUUGUCUAUUUUUUCUAUAACCUGGAUUUUUUAAAACGCAUAUUAAAGUUACAGAUGUGAAAAUAAAUCAGAAGCAAACGUCUCCCCUCUUGCCAGAAACACAGACUCUGUUUACAGAUAAAAAAGGAAGCCAUAGUGCCACUUUCCACAAAAUUACUUAUUUUAUGUCUACUGGACCUGAAAUUUAAACUGGAAUAUCAAUGCUAUAGGGAUGCUGGCAUUACCUGUCUGCAGAACAAUGAAAGAGAUUGUACUGUAUUAUGGAAUCAUCAUGGUGUCUGUUAAUAGCAGUGCUUGUUUCUAUCUGUCAGUUUCUUGUUAAAUGUUUAGUUGCUAGGGAAUGGAACUAGAUUAGUGUCUCUGAUGUUCCUUGUCUUUCCUUAAAGGUUAAACCUGCAAUUCCCCCUGGGGCCAGCAGGUUUCCCUCCUAGUCUGCAUAGUAGAACAUGGAGCCUCACAUUUCCAAUGCCCAUGAGACUGUGCGUGGGACCAAGUUUGAAAAUACGUGCAUUGACUAAAAAAGUUGUUUGGGCAGCAUAUUCAGUAGGUGUUACUGUGUGCCUACUCUGUGCCAAACAGCUGGACUUGAGGUACCACAGGAAAAACAAAAAUAUGUAAGGCAAUGUCCCUCUCUUUAAGGCUCUUAAAGUAUACCACUGCCAACAAGUAAUCAGUGAACUUCGGUACAUUAACUGACAGAACCUAUUUGUUUAAAGGGACAUUCUUAGUGAUAUAGGUCAAAAAUGAAUUAUUAGAAAGCCAGUUGAUUCACAGCCUGAAAUAAUAGUUUAUAUUUCUCUUUGAUUUAUUAUAAUAAAGAUUAUCUAUGACUAAUUAUUGUGGGUAGGGUCCAAGAUUAAUUAGGUUUACACAGGGUUCUGCUGUAAAUAGUAAUUUUGUAUUUGACUACUACAAUUAGCUGAAUCAUAGUUUUAUUUCUGCAUUUCUUGUAGACUCACUAAAAGCUCAUUAAAAUCCACAAAGUGCUUCAAUUCUCUUUAACCUUUAAAGGAAGAAUUAAAAUCCGUGAAUAAAAUGUCCUUAUUAAAAUACUAUAGCAUGGACAGAAUUAUAAUGAUAAAGUAUCAGCCAGCCAAUAAAGAAACAGGAAAAAUUCUGUCCUUAAAAUGAGUCUUUAUGAGAUAUUGGCCAAUGAUUUUGGUUUUAUUGAGAAUCUACAUGGGGCAGUGAGAGAGAGUUUGGGUUUUGAAGGUAAUCUGGCUUAGAUUUGAAUUCCAGCACUGUGACUUUAGGCAAAUUAGUAAUAACCCUGAGCUUCAGCUCCCUUAUCUGUGAAAUGGGGGAGGAAAAUACUUCAGAGCUCAUUGUGAGCAUUUAAGGAAACAAAAUAGGUAAAGGUAGUCACUGAGUUGAUGAGGAAGAGCUUUAUGUAUUUUUCCUUCUUUCACUAUAGUGAUUUCAGGGAACGUCCAUAUCCAUUUACAUGUUAAAAUUAAAUUUCAAGGUAUGUUAUAGAAUAUAUCUGAAAUAAAAAGGUCCUCCUAUCAUGUAUCCCAAAUGAAUCCCUAAAGCUAAGCCUAUUAUUUCAAAAGUCAUCAUUGCCAUUUAGAUUGAACUUGAAUUUGCAGACUGUAGACACACCUAUGCUUUCUUCAAAAAAAUUGUUUUGUCAAAUAAAUUUUAAGAUUAUCAGUAAUUCUUAAGAAAAAGAUUGUGAGAGAAAGAACUAAAUCUUGUAAGAUGAUUUCUAUCCUGUUUAAAAGAAAUUAAAAAAUUAAAAAGCAGUAAAUAAGGGUGUUAAAUCUGUGAUGGUAGGACAUGAUAAUGACAUAUUGAAAAUAAAUCUGUGUAGCAAUAUGAAUUGGCUUAGGCAUUUGUGCCACAUAUGACAGCCUACCACGCUUUCAUCUCCUCCUUAGUAGUUCUUCAGAUUUUCUUAUCUCAUUGACUAUGAAAAGCACAAUCAUCUCACAAACUGCUUUUGAAUUGAGAUUUAAUGUAAUCUGCCCAGGAUUUUAGCUUGAUUUUAAGAAUUGGAAGUGAAAUUGAAUUCCAAGCAAAAAGAAAAAUUGUUUUGUUUUGGUUUUGGUUAAGUUACAUAGUUAAAUAAGUAACUAUUAUCUUAUUAAUGCUGUCCUUAGUAUUGUCUGUUUAAAACUAACCACAUAUUUAUUAACUAUUUAGCACGAAGAAGGUAUACUUGCAUUUUUAUUUAUUUGAAAAGUUUUGGGUGUACAACAGAGUAUUUUUUAAGGCUAAUCUCAUCAAAGAGCAAGAGAAAUAUGGCAAUUCAUCUUAUGGCAUUUUAUUUUUCAUAUUUUAAAUUGAGCAGGUUAAAUUUUCACAAGCAUUGAUACAAAAUGCAUAUAAAUGCAUCAUAUAGAUUUCAAAAUGUCUUCUAGGAUUGUCAUGUCCUUCCUUUAAUGUAUAAGCUUUUCUUACACUUAUUACAAGUUCAAUAUUUUUAGCACUUGAUGACUCUAAUUGCAUGAGUGCCCCUGGAAUGAUAUUUGCAUCAGGAAGACAGUCUGACUCAAUUUCAGUAUUCACAGGUCCUUCCAGUUUCCAAGCCCUUCCCUGGCAGUAAUCUACAGGAGACAGGGUGGCCUCAUGGAAAGAGCUUGCAAUUUGAAGUCAGAACCUGGGUAUGGGGUUCUGCCACUUUCUGCCCCUGUGGCCUUAUUAGGCAGGGUCUGAUUAAACUCUGAGUUUUAAGCUUCCUCCUUUAUAAUGCAUGAAUGUCCGUAAAAAACAAGGAUUAAAUGUGAUGAUGUGCGCCAGGGAGCUUUGUGAAGUGCUAUACAGUUACAGAAUGCUCUACAUUUUCAAGGCUCUAGGCCAGAAAGUAAAUAUUUCAGGUUUUGCCAGAAAGUAAAUAUUUCAGGUUUUGCAGGCCAUACAGUCUCUGCUGCCACUACUCACCUAAGCUGUUGUGGUACAGCAUCAGCUGUAUACAUAAUCUGUACUGACAAUACAUAAACAAAUUUGGUGCCUGGAUUUGACCCGAGUCAUAGUUUGUUAACUCAGUUCUAGACUUUCGAGGUAUAAGGAAUUUGAGAACUUAUAGGACAGGGGUUUCUUAGAAGGAAUUUAAAGAUUGUAAUUUAAAAAUUUUAGAGGCAGAUAUCCCUGGGUGUAUCUGCCUAGACCAGCCCUGCAAGAUUUCUUAAUUGUCUUAUAUUGGGAAAAUUAUUUAAGUUUUCGGUGUUUUGAUAUUCAUCACUAAUUGCAGGUAAUCAUAUAAAAUUUAUGGAGGUAUUGGGAGAAUUAGAUAAGACACACUUAAAGUACUCUGUACAGUGUCUGGCAUGUAGGAAGCACCUGGAAGGUGAUAGCUGUGGUAUCACCAGUCCCAUUUUACAGAAGGAGGAGCUGAGGUCCACACUCAUUGUGGGACUCGCCUAAGGUUAUAGCAGUAGUGGCAAAGUCACAACUGCUUUGAGCCUCAGUCACUUGAACUGCAAAAUGAGGGGGUUAUACAAGGUCUUCUCUUGGGACCUUCAGCUCCACUUGCUAUCAUUCUACAAACUGGCAUUUUAGAGUUUUGAGAACUAAUUCACCUUCUACUGUGCCUUCCUUACAGCCUGUAAAUGACUUACUGCACAGCAGUAAAUUGCCAGAAAAGCAGGCACCAGAGAGGGAGAUUCUGAUUUAGUGUCACAUACUUUAGAUAUCAGGGAAGGGAAAUGAAUCCUUGGUAAUUAGUGCAGUGAAUAAUUGCAUUGAAUACAUUUCAAGUCAUUCUUGAUUAUAUCUCAGGGGCUUUUAUGUGACACAUUCUUAUAACAAAUCAAUAACAUAUAUAUAUAUAUAUGUUCGGGUUAUUUUGACAAAAUAAAGUAAUGAGAUGGAAAA